GAGCAUCAGAGUUAAUGGAGCUGUCCAUUAACCCCGGAGGAGGGAAUUAAUACUUUCACUCAGAAACUCAAAGUGUUUCUAUUGUGGUUCUUCUUCAGUUAUCUAAUCAAUAUAUUAACUCAACCAGUGAUGGUCCACCUGUUGGCGAUACAUUUAUCCUUCUUCUCAUCUUCUGUCUUCCUCUUCUUCUUCUGCUCGUCUCGUCCUCUGCUGCUAUUCUCCUUCCCUCCAACUGAUUUACUUGAUCGAAUUCUGAUCUUUGGCUAAACUACUGAUGAGGAUUGUUUUAAAUCGUUUAUUUGUACUUUCACUCAGAAAAGGAAUGUGGAUUUAUUGGCAUGAGCGACUUUAAGAUGUUGCAAUGAAUCAAUUGAGCAACUCACCUUAGUACAUAUCUCGUAAAUCUCUCUCAGCUAAUAUGUGGAGAUGUUUCAGUGUAAAAUAAAGUUGGUAUAAAGUUGUGAACUUUGAAGCUUCUUCUCUUGUCUGGUCAGAUGCCCUCAGCUUGUUAGUGGACUUCUCAUUGAACCGAAAGGCUUUGUGGGGAUGCGCGAGACAAAGGGCUCCACUUUCCUUUGAUGAGUCCAUCAAUUAGCAUCACAAGGCGCGUUCACGUGUCCUACCAGCGCGCACGUCUCACGUUUGCACGUAAUGACAAGACGGACACAAAGCGGAACACGCGGGGAGAGAAAGCGGCUACAUUUUAACCAGAUGCGCGCUAAUAAAUAACAAACCCAACGACCCCCCCCCUCCCAACCGCCCCCCCUCGCCGGCAGAGACCACGCAUUUGCAUCCUGAAGUGCCCCGCGCGCGGGGGUCCCGCGGGGCCGGAGCGUGUCCACAUUACGCACGGGACAAAGAGGUUCCAAUUGUUCCUCCGCGCGCAUCGCUUCACUUGGUAACGUUUUGGACGGUAUGUAAAUUAGAGCAGCGCAGAGGCGGGUAUAUAACGACAUAAACCCCCGGGAGCAGCCACUCCGACUCCAGCGUGCCAGCCUCGGCCCACAGCGCGCCGACAUGCAGCCCCGAGCAGCCAAAGUCCCGCUGGGACACCGGACGCCUUUUUCUGUGGAGGACAUCUUGGAUCCCACAAGGUUUACGGGGACAAAAGUCUGCGCUGAGGAUGCAACAGGUGAGGAACACACUCCCCACGGUCUGGGAAUGGGCCUUUCACCCGUCCGUGGAGGAUUCACCGAGCUGUACUUUCUUUCAGGAGCUUCUCCUCCUGGAGACGCGAACAGAAAGCAGCCGCCGCGGCCUCCGGAGGAGGCUCCGUGCCCGCCGGAGGGCAAGAGGCGGCGGGUGCGCACCGCCUUCACCGUGGAGCAGCUGCGGAUCCUGGAGCGCAGCUUCCGGACGAGCCACUACCUGUCGGUGCUGGAGCGGCACGCGGUGGCCUCGGCCCUGCGCCUCUCCGAGACCCAGGUCAAGAUCUGGUUCCAGAACCGGCGCACCAAGUGGAAGAAGGAGCGCGGGAGGGAGGCGCAGGCGGAGGCGGAGGAGGAGGCGAAGGAGGAGCACGGCUUCCCGGCCUCCUUCCUCUCCUCUCUUCUGAGCCGCGCUCCGCUCUGCUGGCGGCCGCGCGCUCCGCUGCAGAUGUUCGCGCCGCUGCCGCUCGCGCCUUUCCAUCACUAUAACGCACGAUGAAGGCUGCGCGCGGGAUGCGCGUCUCACCAGAACUAUUUCAACAUCCUCAUGAUGCAGCACAGCACCGACUUUAUAUGUUCUAAUGUAAUUAUGCUAUAAUUUAUUUUGAUAAACAUUUUUAUUGAAA